AUGCUUAUAGGUGAUAUAGUGAGUGUGGCUGGGAAUGACUGAGCUCUAGGACAUGUGGGUAUAUUUACAUACAUACAUAUAUAUUAUUAUAUUUAUAGAUACUACUUUAACAUUAUAAAACAUUGGCAGGUUAAAGGGCCAUUACUAAAUGUGAGUAAAAAUAAUAUAAUAAUAUAAUAUGUAUGAAUGAGUGAGUGAUAACUACCUUACCUUUUUGUGUCAUUUUACCCCACUCCCUCUAGCAUGUAAGCUCAUUGAGCAGGGCCCUCAACCCCUCUGUUCCUGUGUGUCCAACUUGUCUGGUUACAACUACAUGUCUGUUCGUCCACCCACUGUAACGCGCUGCGGAAUUUGACGGCGCUCUAUAAAUAUCAUAAUAAUAAUAAUAACUAACCCUGGUACUGCAUGUGUUCACUGAGAUUCACAGGAAAUGUAGUCCACAAACAGCUGCAGUGUGUAAAGUAGCUCCCUUUUGUAAAUGUGGAUAAAUACAUGUUUACCCUAUGUGUACAUGCAGUGAUUUUACAUCUGGGACAUUAUGUAUCAUCCUGUUUGUGUUAUAAUUCGAUAGACAUGGGGAGCAUGUUCACAGCUUUAUUUGUGCUGAACUGAAUAAAAAUCAGGUUGCAAAAUGUUAGGUUAAAAUAGCCAAGCUGUGACUGAGAAACGUAUGUCUGCUAUGCUUCCAGUUCAGCUACUUUAGUCUUACAUUUGAAGUUCUUGUUCAAUUCACCUUGAAUAUCCAACCAAUUUAAAUUUUUGUAAAUUACUCUGAUUGUGUGGCAAACAGCAUCUCCCGUCUGUAUCACUUUAAAAAGGUAUUGUCGGCAGACAAAGCUGGACUUAGACACAGGAUUCUUAGGGACCACUACUCCUCCUCUACAUAUCCAUGAACGUCUUGCUGCCUCUGUGAAUGGGAGGCGCGCAUGAAAGUAAGGAUGCACAUCGCUCACUUCUCUCUUCUGCUAAUAGAACAAUGCAGUUACCAUGUAGUAAAAUAUGCCAGGGCGUGACGAGUUUGCUCAGAAUCUAGGAGCCAGCAAAAAAAGUUAUGAGCCAGGUUUUUGUAUUUCAAAAAUACAAAUAUUAAAGGGAAAAGGCAGUAUUUACAUUAUUGACUAGUUACACUUCUAGUGAUAGUCACUCAGACGCCCUCUAGAGGUGCAUCCUGGAUCAGUGCUGCACAGCACCUAUGUUUAAUGUCUCCACGCUCUGCAUGGAGUUGUUGAACGUUCCCCAUAGAGAUGCAUUGAUUCAAUACAUCUCUAUGAGGAGAUGCUGAUUGGCGCAGCACAGUGUUUUGCCACACAUGCGCAAUAGUCUCCUAGUGCUUUCCUAGGGGAAAGCAUUGGAUUGGCUGAGAUCAUCAAGAUUGAAGAUUGCAAUCAUGGAGGCAGGGCCAGCUGCGGCGAGACCAGCUCAGCGUCAGGGCGGGUGGGGGGGGAAGGGAAGUAAAAACCGCUUUCCCAUGUGAUUGAAUGAAGACCAGUCACCUAAACACACACACAUACACACACGCACCUGACAGACAGACAAACGCACACACACUCACUGACUCUUUCUCAGCUGGCCGACCACACACAUGCCCACUCUCUCAGCUGGCCGACCACACGCUAUUGCUCUUCUUGAGCUCAUAAAGAGCAUGGGCGUGCGAGUAGUCGCCCGCCCGCCCGCCGGCCUCCACUUAUAGGCAGCUGACCACCUCGAAGGCUGAAUGGGACAACAAAUCCUAGUCACCAUGGCGACCUGGCGCAUGUGAUUUGUCGAGCCUUGAAAUAUGCACAUUCUUACUCUUGGCAGACAACACUAGAAGAGCGGCUUCUGCUUGCAACUACUGACUCUGGAAAUGGCAAUUUGUAUUAUUAUUUAUUUUGAUUGUGUUAAAUAAUCAACAAAAUAUAUUGGUUAUUCAAAUAUUUCAAACUUACACCCCUACUAUAACAGUAUGUCUGUUAACCAGAAAAUAAAUAUCUCUUCACUGCUGAUGAUCCUGAUGGGUAUUUAAUCUAAUUUAACAGGUUUUUGCUUCUUUUUCAGGCUCAGUCAGUCUCAUUUGUGGGCAGAAUAUGUGGACCAUAUUAAGGAGCAGGCUGUUACUCAGUGGACAUUUUUCAUCAUGUGACGUGUGCCGGGCCAUGUCAAACCAUGCUUCUAUGCAGAGCAUAGCCAAGCUGCAGGAGAGAAAAAUAAACAAACUGAUCUUUCCAAUUACAGAUUUGGAGAAGUUUCUAGGCCCCGGUGUUGAUAGAACUUAUUUUAGACUUUUCAAUCCUAGCAUUGAGCAGAUUGUUAAAGCUGAGGAAUUAUUUAGGUCGUCAGGCAAGCAUGUGAUCGAUUAUUACACUUCGGCUGUCAGAAUGGAUCAUACGCCCUCACUCACGCAGCCAGAGGUUGGUGGAAGCCAGUAAAUACUCCUAUAUCCUACAAUGCUUAGCAUGAGUUCCAUGUAUAGAGAAUGAGGGCGGCUCUUGCCAUCCCACAAUGCUUAGCAUGAGUCCAUGUAGAGUGUAUCAGGACUGUUGCUCCCAUCAUCCCACAAUGCUUAGCAUCAGUCCAUGUAGAGUGUAUGGGGGCUGUUGCUCCCAUCAUCCCACAAUGUUUAGUGUGUGUCAAUGCACAAUGUACAGGGGCUGUUACUUUUAAUACCCGCCGUGGGCUUUCUAUCCAUUACAGUAUUUUCUUAUAUUUUAGGUAUGUUUCAUAGGAAGAAGUAAUGUGGGCAAAUCAACGUUGAUAAAAGCCUUGUUUUCGCUGGUGCCUGGACUUGAAGUUAGAGUGUCAAAAAAUCCUGUGAGUAACAUUAUGCACAAAGCUUCGGAACACGUUGUAUGUAGUAGUUAUACAUUACACAGUUUUACUAAUCUUACUGAUUUUGUAGCAAAAGAAUAAUUGCAAGCAUGUUUUUGCAUGGACUUCUCACAAUUGAAUACAGUUUGAUGAAAACCAGAGGGAUACUUCAGUGAAGUACUUGCACCAUAAUCACUUCAAUUAAUUACAUUGUUUAAGGUUCUUGGAGCAUCUCUUAAUGGUCUAAUUCAACUUUUCAUACUCUGCCUUAUGUCUUCUUAUGUAGUUUUUAUGCAAAUUAUUAGCUCAACCCUAUCAGCUGAUAACCGUAAUAUAUAUAUAUAUUUUUUUUUUACAGGGUCACACAAAGAAACUGAACUUUUUUAAAGCAGGGAAAGCGUUUACUUUGGUGGAUAUGCCAGGCUAUGGUUAUCAUGCACCUGAAGAUUUUACUGAUAUGGUAGAGGAAUAUCUUCAGAAGAGACAAAAGUAAGUGUAACCACAUAGGAAAGAACCAGAUAGGGCCUAUUUAGUUUGGUGGCUAUUCAUUAAUCAGUGGAAGUGGAGGGGUGUGUUGACAGAUGAGUUGCAAAUAUUUUCCUCUUUCUGUAUUUUUUUUGCUUAAACUUUGCAAAACAGUUGUCAACUGGCGAUUUAAUGAAUAAACCUUCUAUGUUUGAAAGGCUCUCCUAUAUCCACCACCUAUUUUGUAAAAAAAAAAACACAUAUAUUUAUAUAUAUUAUGCGUGCAUGUUCAGGUGAGUGUACAGCCCCCUUGGUUUUAUAUAUAUAUAUAUAUAUAAUAUUAUUAUUAUUUAUUAUAUAUAUAUAUUAUUAUUAUUUAUUAUAUAUAUUUUUUUAAUUAUUAUUUAUUUAUUUAUUUAUUUAUUUUGAGUUUUUAUUAAGUUAUAUAUAGGGAGGGUGCAAAAAGGAAAAAUAAUGAUGGUGGCCAUGGAGGAAAUAACAAGGAAGUGGCCUCACCGUGCAGUUAAGUUGCAACAAUUUUGUAUAUCACAAUUCCGAAUUCGAUCGUGAUUGUUACGGUAACAUCUCAGCAUUGUAGGAAGGGUAGUGACAAAGGUCUGACUCAUACCAUCACCAUAGGUCCUUGGACAAGAUAAUCAAAUCAACUCACAUUGGGAAAACGCCAUCUUGAUCAAGUAGAGUAGUACGCCGUAUCAUAGAGUCAAGGCCAGUCAAGCCUUGCCCGAUCUACAUGUGCCCCACUUGCCCCAAGCCUCCUGGAACACUUUGUUGGGGUAUAUAUGACUGUGUCCAAUGGACUGGAGCACUGAUUCAGUUGGGUGUGCAGUGGCGAUUUCCACUGGGCUGUUAGUAUAAUAUUUGACGGUAUUUUCUGUUGGGCUUUUGUCAGCUUGUCUAGAUUUAGGAGUAGUAAGUAAGUUUGUGAGGUGAAGGGUACAUGUGAUCUUAUUGUUUGCCUUAAGACAGAGUGUAUUUGCCCAAAAAGGUUGUAUAACAGGGCACGACUACCAGAUAUAUUUAAUUUCCUAAUCCUCUAUGACAUCUCCAGCACUUUUUUGACAAAGAGGGGAAUAUUUUUUUAUUAUCUAGUUGGUAUCAUGUACUAUCUAUAGAGAUUUUUUUUUUUUUCUAUAUUGUUCGAUGUGGAGAGGGUAAAUACUUUGUGUAAGGUAGAAAUCUGGUGCCAUUGGUCAGGUGAAAUUGGGCUGUUAAAAUCCACUGCCCACAGUUUUGAAAUGUUGGAGUCUGGGUUUGUAGUAUCCGGUAGCACAUGAAGAUCGGUUUAGUAGUAGGAGACUAUACUGUAGUCUUUUAAGGUCGCCAAUACUUGUGGUAAGAAGCUAUCGGGUCUGUAAUUGAAAUGAGCAGCAAAGAGUCAACUUUGUUUCUUGCGGCCCCUUAUUCACUCCCUGAUUGUCUAUUUUACUUUGCAAUAGAGGUUCUAAUGCCAGUACAUAUAAAAGCAGUGACAAAGAGCACUCCUGUCUUGUUCUGUUUGUUAUCGAAAACAAAGAUAAGAAUCCCUCCUGCAGAAUAAAAGCUUGUAGCUUGGUGGAAAAGAGAGGCGUCCAAUAUAAGGGAGGGAAACCAAAUUUAUAUAAGGCCUCCUCAAGGAACUGUAAGUUAAGGCAGUUGAAUGAUUUAUCUGUGUCCAACACCAGAAGUCUGCCCAACAGAGAAGAUUCCUAAUGUUAUCCAUGGCUUUGUAUCCCUAACGAAUCUGUUUGAUAAUUGGAUUUGGUAAUAUUGGUCCAAUUCUGUUGGCUAAUAACUUGGCAACUAUCUUGACAUCUGUGUUUGAGUUAUAUAGGAUGAACAUUUUUGUCCGGUUUAUCUGAUUUUGGUAGCAUGACUAUGGUAGCUUUCAACAUGUUUGGAGGCAGUUCGCCUGUUGACGAGUCUGUUUGGAAGACAUGAAGGAGGUAAGGAGUUAGGAGGUGAGCAUAUCUCUUAUAAUAACUGUUAGGAAAGCCGUCUGGACCUGGUGAUUUACCAGUAGGUAGGGUCCUUAUUACCGUUUUUUCUCUAGAGUGGGUGGGCCAGUGAAAGCUUCUCUGUGGUCAUGCGAAAGGUGUGGGAGAGGCACACAGGAUAAAUAUUACUGUAUAUCUGAGAGGGGUAUGUGUGUGUGUAUUUUGACUGUUCACAACAUGAAAUAAAAUGUAUAUCGGGCAACUUGAACUGAGCAUUUCACCUGUCUGGUUGACAGCUCUGGGAUUAAAGGCCUAAAUCAUAUGAAAACAAUAAUGCAAAUAAAUUAAUAUUCUUUAUAUCUAAAUCAAAAAAAUGAAAUUUAUAUAUUAUAGUGACCUAUUUUUUCUAACUAGAUUUUAUGUAAUGCUAUAAGAAAAAUAAGCAGAUGUUGCAUUGUGUGAUUGCAUCUGUAUCGAAUAGACUUAAACUUAAUUUGACUAUUUUUAUUUAUAACAGUUUAAAAAGGAUAUUUUUGCUUGUGGAUGGGUCCAUUGGUCUUCAAAAAUCUGAUUUAAUAGCCAUUGAAAUGUGUGAAGAAUUUGCAAAACCUUAUGUUGUAAGUAAGACCUUUUUUUUCAUUAUUUAUUAUUUUCUUUAAUUUCAAGCUUAAUUACAGUAUUAUUGAUCUGGGUGGAGAAGCCAGUAGUAAAUAUUCUGUUUGGGGUGUUGUCAUUAUAUAUAUAUAUUCUUACUGUACUUGCAUACAUACUAACAGUUCCAUAUUUGGCAAGACCGUCACAAUUCUCUGUUGCAUGUGCUGUGUCUAGAAUACAUUUUUGAAGAAGGCCAUUGUAGAAGGGAUUAGAUGGACCUAUAGGUGCAUUCUGGUGGUUGUUUAACUCUCAUAGCAGCUAGAAAUACACUUUAAUCUAAGCACCAUCAUCACUUUAUCUCAUUCAAGAGCAGUGGGGGAAUAUGGAAAGCAGUUAACAUUGAACUUAAUCACCACAUAGUUUUAACCCCCUUAAGGACCAAACUUCUGGAAUAAAAGUGAAUCAUGACAUGUCACACGUCAUGUGUCCUUAAGGGGUUAAAGGAUUCCCAGAAUGGUCACUUAUUGACUUUAGAGUUUGGCUCAGGAGAGAACAUAUGACAUGUCUGAUCAAUGGGCUGCUUUUGGAUGACCUUUCUAGGGUCCAAGUUGCCCCUGUGAGCUUAGCUGGUCAACCAGGCAUUAGUAAACGAACAAAUGUGAAAUAUGUUAACCCCAAAUGCUAAUGUUCAUUUUGUUACCAGAGUAUUCUCUCCUCUGAUGUUCUGCCAGGAUUUAGUGAAUAAGCUCCAUUUGUAUUUGAGAGAGCAUUCAGACAAUCUGCUUUUGAACUUACGUUAGUUUCUUUUCUUAGGUUGUGAUAACAAAAAUAGACAGACCCCCAACGGGAAUUUUAUUAACGCGCUUUCUAGAGGUUCAAGAAUUUAUUGUGAAUAAAACGAACGGAUGUUUUCCCCAACCCUUCCUAAUCAGGUAAAAAAAAUGCCAAGCCUCAUUUGUGAAAUGCACGGUCUUGUUUACUGCUUUGUAGUUAGUUACCAUUUGUUAACAUUUUUUUUAAUAUAAUCCAGGUAGUUAAAACUAUAUAAAUUAGUUUGGGGACUUGUUUAUUCAAAAUGAACCAAUAAGGAGCGAACAGUCACUCACUGCUUUUCACAGUAAAACACCCUCAUUUUUAAAUGCAGAUUGAUUCAGAGGUAAGUAGAUCUCUACUGCCACUUACAUGUAAAAGUGACAUUGACCAACAUUAGCGGUAAACACUGGCUGAGACUUACACGAGAACUCAUCCGAUUACGCUGAAAUGUCAGCACUGCAUGUUACGAAAUCUUCACCAAUAUACAUUUUAGCACCAUUUAUUUUUGUUGAUCAUCUGUUUAGGGAACUUGUUACAUUAUUAUUUCUCUCUCCACAGCUCCACCCAGUACUCUGGAGUCCACUUGCUCAGAUGUUUCAUUGCUCAUGUAACAGGGAAUCUCCCAUCCACCAGCUGA